GGAUUUGUUUCUUGUUUUAAUUACCGAACCUAAUUGCCACCGCUUCGGGGUUCAACACGAAAGGAGAAAGGACGAGUUCUAGUAAAGAGACCGCUGGGAGGGGGGACUGAAGACCGACUGGUCUCCAGAUACCCUGCAUGGACCACUUGCUGGAGUGUUUUCCACUGUUUCAACGUUAUUUUCCACGAUGUACCGCUUUGACUUCUUUCAUUCCAGUUAACUUUCUGUAACCCAGUGGCUUGGUGACAAUUUCUGGAAUACCAUAGAGAAAAAAGGGAACUCUAUUGUAAUGGCAUCAAGACAGCCUGAUGUGCCUGCCAUUGAGCACAGUUCUAGUGGGCUGCUGGGAAAGAUGUCCCUCCCAGUUGGGAUGCACCGUCGUGCCUUCAGCUAUGACGAUGCGCUGGAGGAUACGGCACCAAUGACUCCGCCCCCCUCAGACAUGUGCAGUAACACCAUAUGGCGAAAACCUGUAAUUCCAGAACGUAAAUACCAGUUACUGUCCAAGGUUGAGGAUGGGGAUAAUAACAUUCCUCCACCUUCUUUGCCCCCUUCCUCUUCCACUGAGAAAAUCCCUGUGGUGAAAGCUAAAGCCACUUCUAUCAUCAUGAACUCUCUUAUGACAAAGCAUACACAGGAAAGCAUUCAACGCUUCGAACAGCAGGCUGGCCUCAGGGAUGCUGGGUAUACGCCACACAAGGGCCUCACUGCUGAAGAGACUAAAUACCACCGCGUGGCAGAAGCCCUGCAUAAACUUAAUAUGCACACUGGGGAAUCCACUGAAGAGAAGCAAAGUUCAUCAGCCCAGUCAACUCCGUGCAGCACUCCCAGCUCUUCUCCUAAGCAAAUGCGCAGAUCGUGGUUCAGUCAGGGAUCCACCAGCUCUCUCCCAGCUGGGGAUUUAAGCAGCUCUGAUGCAGGAGUGGAUAAAUGGAGUAUGUUUGGACCUCGUGCUGUACAGAAAUCCACCACAGAUCCAGGAGGUUUUACUGUUCAGCCAUAUAAAGGUGCUCAGAAGCCAACCCCUAUGGAGCUGAUGCGAGCACAGGCUACAAGGAUAUCUGAUGAUCCUGCUGCUUUGAAACCCCCCAAGAUGGAAAUGCCUUCACUGGUUUCAGGAACUAAGAACAUUCCCCGUGGCCAUAAUCUAAAACCUCGUGACAUGAACAUACUCACUCCAACAGGAUUCUAACUACCCAGCUGUCUUGUUCCAUAGUUCUGCAGCUUUUCUUUAAAAAGAGACUAGCGAUGCGUUUCCUGGCUUAUCCUAUCUGAAGAUGACUAGUAAGAUACAUCUGGCAUUACCUUUUAACUUCCGGACUUGAGUUUUCCAUCUUGAUGAGGAUGUACUUUGUAAGCCUUUAGCAUUCUGUAUAUAUAUGUGUAAACAAAAAAGCCUCUGAUGUCCUUUGUUAGAGCAUUAGAUUGCCAGGUAAACCACUGUAUAACUACGGCUAUGCACAAGCUAGUAGUUAAGACCACAUUUUUAGGUAUUUUCACCUGAAACAACCACUUUCCAGUUAAAUCAGAAGUUUAAUAUUUACUGCACCUUCCAGGUGGGUAGACCUAUUCUGUACAAGUGACCUCAUCUUUCAAAUUUAAUUUGGGCCACCAUUUAAAAAGAUGCCGCCAUUUUUUCUUAAUGUAGAUAUGUAAUUAUAGUUGACUUUUUUUUUUUUGGCUGGCUGCUUUCUUGUCUACCUUCCUAGAGCAUACCCUUAAAACAUAUAGUUCAUCACAUUUACAUAUCACUGCGAACUGCAAUUAUAGGAUCACGUGGCUCUGAACGAUUAAGCAUGACUUAAUUCUUUUGGUUCUUGUUCGUAGGCCUAGUCAUUAAAUUGUAAAAAAAAAAUGUACUUAAGACAAGUAACCCUACACCUGACUCAGGAAGUAAAGGUUUAAUUUCUUUUCCCUUAAUGUACUGUUGAAUACAAAGGACGUUGUAGCUUUAUUCCAGUUUCGAAAACUUGCACUCGGUUCUCUAAGAACUAAUUUAUUUGUGUUAACUUUUUCAAGCUUGUGUAUUUUUUUUUUUAUUGUGCCUAAUUUUAUGCUUCAGAAUAAAAAGAUAACAGUU